ACUUUUUUUCAAAAUUUUUGAACUUUUUCAUUUACAUAGUAAAAAAAAUAAAAAUCCCAGCGGUGAAUAAAUACCUCCAAAAUAAAGCUUUAUCUGUCUCAAAAAAAUGAGGCUCUAUUUUGUAUUAACCUCACUGGCGGUAUUCCUGAGUGUAGCUCGGGAUAAAGUUUCAGUACCACAAGCGGUAACCCCGAGCUACACUCGGGCUUACAAUGCGGCGCUGCUCCGCGAUCCCUCGGUCACUUACCUUUUCCUGCGCUCCCGCGAUGUCCCUCCUGCAGUGUCCCCGGCAAUGUAAUCCGGCGGAUGCUGGCAUCUGUCAUCUGCGUUCCGUCCUCUGCGAGCGUCGGGACGUACAGGGGACGGAACGGCGGGAAAUUUGAAAAUGACAAAAAGUGACAU